AUGGAGGAGGAAAAUCAGACAGGAGUGGUAUAUUUCCACUUCCGCCCCUUUUCAACCAACUCCACAGUGGCUUCCCUAGUGUUUGUGGGCUUCUUGCUGCUGUAUCUAGGAAGCCUCAUUGGAAACCUUACCAUUGGGCUCACAGUCUGGCAGGAUCACUCCCUCCAUACCCCGAUGUACUUCUUCCUUUUUGUGUUGGCCACAUUAGAGCUUGGCUAUUCCACCAACAUUGCUCCACUGACUCUAGCUAGCAUUCUCUCCAUGGGGAAGAUGCUUAUCUCUCUGCCCAGCUGUGGGGCCCAGAUGUUCUUCUUCAUCCUUCUUGGAGGAUCUGACUGUGUCCUGCUGGCCAUCAUGGCUUAUGACAGGUAUGUGGCCAUCUGUCAUCCAUUGCAUUACAGCCUCAUUAUGAGUUGGCAGCUGUGUGGGCAGAUGGCUUUAGGUUCUCUGGGGCUGAGUUUCCUUUUGUCACUGCCUUUGACCAUUCUGAUCUGCCACCUCCCAUUCUGUGGCCACAAUGAAAUCUACCACUUCUUCUGCGACAUGCCUGCAGUCAUGCGCCUGGCCUGUACAGAUACCCAUAUACACCAGGCAGCUCUUUUUGCCAUCAGCGUGGCUGCAGUAGCUAUUCCUUUUUUCCUUAUCUGUCUCUCUGGUUGCAUUGUGGCUACCAUCCUGAGGAUGACGUCAGUCGAGGGGAAACGCCGGGCUUUCUCCACCUGCUCUUCACACCUCCUCGUGGUUGUCCUGCAGUAUGGAUGUUGCACCCUCAUCUACCUUCGCCCUAGCUCCAGCUACUCCCCAGAAGAAGGCCGGGCAGUAUCUGUUGUCUAUACCUUCUUCUCCCCAUUGCUGAAUCCCUUAAUCUACAGUUUAAGGAACCAAGAGGUGACUGAUGCAGUAAAAAGACUUUUGGCAAGAAUGUUCUGGUUCAGAAAGCCAGAAAGAUUCCUUCCUGGGGGAAAUUAUUCACUGAACAAGGGAGAACACAGUAUGAUGGAAAGGAAACUCAAAAUCAAUAGGCCAUGA